AUGUUUCAUAAAACUAUACUUACCGCUGCAAUACUUCUGGGGGCCUGCACUUCAAUUCAGAUCAGUGAUGCAAUAUAGAAGCAAAGAUCUCAGCUUAAGUGGAGAUAAGAAGCAACCAAUACUUUCAACUGGAAUGCAACUCAAAAACUUUCGUGGUCCGUAGUUAACGCUUUCAUUGAUGUCUAGACCAGUCCAGACGGAGAUGUUUAUGCCAUUCAAAGUAUCCAAACCGAAAGUGAAACCAAGAAGUACUUCGUUUACCUUUACAAUAUCACAUCCAAUAUCUGGACUCUAACUGAUGCUAGCUUUUAAGCAAAGGCUGUUAGAUUCGACAGACUUGGAAAUAUUUACUAUUUGGACUAAGAUAAUUGCAUCCUCAAUUCUAGGAAACAGAAGAUAAUCUGUGGGGCAUUUGACUUUGAAGUCACUGUUAAAAGAGAGAUCUAUUUUCUGCAUGAUGGUCUUAGCCCAUUACCUAAAGAUUCUCUAUCAUCUCCAUGGAGAGAUGUUGGUGUUGAAGACUAUAAGUACAAGUCCCUCUCUGGUUAUAAGGGCAUUACAUUGUUGAAAGACUAGCCCAUCUUGAUUUAGAGCGAUGGAACUGUGGACUCCAAUUACAAUGGGGAAAAGCUUGUUAGUAUCAGUGCUGGUAUCGAUGGUUCUUUGUGGGCCUUAAAGCAAGAGGAAAAUGUAAUUAGCUAUCAAGUUCUCAAAUGGUAAACAGUUGCAUAGAAGUGGUACAUAGUUUCGGGCGCUAGGGGAGUAAGUCUCUCAGCUUACAAUGAAAUCUCAGUAGCAAUAGUAGAUGAGAAAGGUCUGCUAAGUCUUUCAUCUUAGGUAGGACAUCAAGAUGAGGCAUAAUAUCUUGCUAAAGCACCAGUGAUUCCAGAGAUUAUCGGUUAGCCAACAGACUCAUUCGUUAGUUUCGAAGCAUUUAAGGCAUUUGCUGAAUAAGUAAAUACAGCCUUUGCUAAAAACAUUAAGUCUCUUACUCAAGUCUUUAAUUCUAAAGCGAAUGAAAAAUAACGUGAUGAUGCUAUGGAUGCCAUAGUUAAUAAGAAAAACAUCUUUGGCUUCAUCAAAACAAAAGCUGGCUCAAUUCUAGGAUUCUAUUACGAAGAUCCGAUAGACACAACUUCUCCUUUAAUAGGAAGAAUAUUUACAAAUACUAUGAUUUUUGGAAUCUCAAGCGGGUUUUUCUCAAUAAAAGAGCCUAGUAGUUCAUACUAAACAUAUUUUGGACCAUUUUUUGAAGGAAACUAUUACAUGCAAGUCAUCACAACUCCUAGAGCAAGACUAGCAUUUUUCCCAUAAUGUUUAAAUGCUGGUACGUCAUCUAAUCAAGCUCAGUGCUAUAGUAAAUCUAAUCCUGAAGAAAAAGCUUAUUGCUAUUGGACACUCUUAAAACCCUUUGGUGAUGAUAGUGCUGAUUUUGAAUGUGAACAAAUAGAAUAUUAUCAAGGCAAUGAAUGA